GCCAGCUGCUCUUGUCUCCAGUAUGUUCAUAUGGAUGGGUCAAUGUUUACUUGUUUGAACUGAAAAUUUCAGGCCAUACAACGACCACAAAUAAGACCCCUGAUUUUAAGUGUCUUCCUUAAAGGCCUCUUAUUGUCCAAAAACUAUUCAGCUAAAUUUAACUUCCCAGAUUUACCCAUGCUUGCAGAACGGGGAUUUUGCAAACAUUUUCCACUGAAGUCUGCAAGUCAUCAGGGCUUCCCAAACCUACAAUUAACCCCAUCCACAGAUUAGAUCAGACUUCCAGAAAGUCAUCUUGAUGUGUUGACUUAAAAAGACUUGACUCAUUUAAUUGGCAUGGCACAUUGUUCCAAUUGUAGACUGUAAAUCAGCAAGAAUUUACUAUGGAUGCAUAAAACACUUGCUUAAUUUUAAGUUACUUGAAACAUAAAGGCAAAAAAUACUUGUUCAAAAGAGAAACAUGAAGCAGCAGUGUGAAGGCCUCUCUUUGAGUGGCUCAGAUAUUCUUGAGUCACGUAGCCUUGCAGACUUGUGGAAAAGUUAAUUCAACCUUUAAAGCAGCACUGAGCCAUGCCGCUGCACAGGGUUGACUUGUUCCUUCGUUACUAUAAACAUGGGCAUGGUAAGUUAUUUUUAGCCAAUCCCUAUUCAGACAGUGCUGCUGCCUGAAAUACUCACUAGACUACCAAAUCAGUAUUAAUAUGCAGCUUAAAGUAGCUCUCUGUUUUUUUCCUGUUUGAAAAUUUGCUGAAAAUGCCACACAUGAAGAGGGGUGUAAAAUAGGGCAGUACCGAGAGUUUGAAUUGCCACGUUGUAGGUAUCUACAAGGGUUUUUUCGAAAGUAGAAAUAUUUCCAGCUUAAACUUUAUGAAUGAGUUUUUUUCUCCACUGUCUGUUAUUGGAGAUUAAUCUAAGGUAAGAGAUAUGCUUGCUUAUCAGCUAAUCACAUUCUCUAAAAUUUACACAAGCAGCAGUGCACAUGAGGCAAAUAAGGCUUAACAAAAUUAACACUGCAGCAGAUUUGGAAAGUUUUAAUACAAGAUAGAGAAAUUGCAUUUUCCUCAACCAUAUACUGUUUCAACCAUUGCAUAGAGACAAACAUGCAUUGCAAACUAGCAGGUGGUUACAAAUUCUGUUUUAGAAAUCGAUGUUUAAACCUGUAAAAAUUAGGGAAAUUGGAGUUAAGUUGUCUGUUUUGCUCAUGUAUUUUGUUUUUCUAAGAUGUAACGUAUUACUCUUUGUCCACUUGGGUCUCUUGUUGUCCAAAAAUCUAUCAGACUAGAUCCAAGCUGACAGAAUUGCUGAAUCACAGACUGCACUUGUUCCCCUUAAGUCUGCCAGUACUUGUAUUUUCAUUAAGAUAUUGCUCAUUGCCUUUGAUAAUUACAGUGAAUAGGAUGUUUUCCGUGAUUGUGGGGAGAAUUAACUGUCCCUGGUGCAUUUCAUUUUGGAUUUAAGGAAAACUCUAUAAAGUGGAAAAGUUUUGGGAUCCUCCAGGGUGUUCCUAAAAUCAAAGCCUGUUAUCUGGAAUAAUCUUUACAGAGUAUUUUCCCCAUUUAUCUCCUCUGUAAACAAAAUUGAUAGCAUAUAAAGUCUGUUUAAAAGAUUAGUUUCAUGUUAAGUGUAAAAAAAUAACGCCUAGCUUUUUUCCCUCCUGUUGCAUUCAGAAUUUGACAAGUGAGUAUUCAUUUAAAACCCUGUUUUUUUUUCCUUGUUUGAGUUGUGUUCAUGUUUUCCACACUUAAACCCUUUGUGUCAUCAGUGUCAUUAUUUUUGCAAGGUGGUGAUUGUUAAAUUUCUUUUUUAAUGGCUUACGGUUAACUGGAUGAAAAAGAAUUUGUUGAGCAUUUGUCUCUGAUAAUAGUUUAAGCUCAACAUUUUACACAGCAAGAUGAUGUCUAAGAAGAUCUCCCAGUGCUCUGCAUUGGAUCAGUCGGAGAACGAUCAACCUCCAAGUAACGGCCAGGUGGAGCGGUCCAAAAACGCAGCUUUGGGUUGUAGAAACAAGACUGAAUUGGGUCAGAGGAAUGGAGAGUCGUCGUCCCCAGAGAGCGGCAGCUUGAAUGGAGAUGGAAAACGCAGUGGGAAAAGCCGCCAACGCCGCAAGAAACGCUCUUCCAAUUCUGAUAGUCACCCUGAGGAGAUGGUGGACAGCAACACCAAGGAGGAACAGAAGACGGACAGAAAGACAAGCCAGCCUUCAAAGCCAGGACUGGUUGGCCUGCAGUCUGAGUGUGCUAAUGUCUGGUUUGAGCGCAGCAUGUACGAGCGAGCAGAGAGCCUUUACCAGUGCUGGUUGGUGAGCUCUUCUAAUGGGACCACCCAGUCAAACAGAUCACCACUACCCCAACGAAAACACUCAAACUCUCCAUCCACUCCUCCACCCAAUCCUGCUCCAUCUUCCUCAGGACUGGUGUGUCAACAUGGAGAUCAGAUGGCCUGCCACCAUGUCAUCCAAGCUGUGUGGGUGAACAAGACAAGUUUUGACCAAGCAGAGCGCCGCUUUGUUGAAGGAUCCACUCACCGAUCCAUUCCCAACUCCCUGAACCUCCCAUCUCCACCUAACCGCUCCAUUACAACCAGAACACCCGAUGAAGGAUAUCAAUCUUUAGCUCCCACGCCUGCAACCCCUGUCCAACAAGCAGUGGUCACGCCAACCAAUCGACAAUCAAUCAAUGGACUCCCUCGCAUUCCCAUCGAGCUGCUGAGAGAUGUCUGGCUAGAGAAACCGCUCUAUGAUCGUGCUGAAGCAGCAUUCUACCAAAAUCUUUACGGGAACAAUUCCUCCAAACGUUCAAGCUGUGCAUCCACCUCCAGGAGUAGCGACCAUCCUCAGAGCCUUGUAGAAGAAGAAGAGGAGGAGGAAGAGCAGGAAGUGGUGGUCGUGGAGGAGAAACGAGUGGUCAUGCCAGGGAAAGCUGAAGUCUUCCACGCUCUUCUUCCGAUUCAGGAGGAAGAGGAGCCGGCUGAGGUCCCAGAGACGGAGGAGGAGUCAGAAGAAGGGGUUUGCCAUUUCCUUCACCCAGACAGCGAGCGGGUGUGGGUGGAUAAGUGGCGAUAUGAUGCUGCAGAGAGUCGUUUCCAUGGCCACAGUGGAAGUGAGGCUGUGGUGGUGAAGAAGGGUCGGAGGCCAGAAGCGGUGUCAGUCGCCUCCAACGCCCCAAAGCGGGACAAGUAUGACAAACACCAGGAGAAUGGAGCAGAUCCAGAUUUUUCAGUUUUACCCUUCAUUGAUUUUCUUCAUUUUUUCAUGCGUUGAAUGUGUGGUCUAUUUUCCUUUUCCUUUAUUAUCUCCCUUUUUUAUUUGUCUUUGUUUAUUUUCUUCGUUAUGUUUUCAGUUUUCCUGAAUGACAGAUGAUGUAUGAACCAUUAUUUUUUCCAGUUCAUCAUCACCCAGUUUCUUUUUGUGUGGUUGUGUUGGGUGUUUUUUGUGGGUAGUGUAAAAAACAGAAGUUAAAAUCAUUAAAAAAAUAAUGUAAUUAUGUAAUAAUAUAAAAAUAGAUAAAAUGUCAGGAAUAUCAAGUAGUUACUCAAAGUAGUAAUACAGAUUUUUUUGUUCUUUUCUCCCUGACCUCCUGCCUCCUGUUCACACGUCCCUCUCUU